AUGGAUCUUCUGAUCGGCUUCGUUGAAGGAUUUCUGAAGCCGAGGAAUGAGGAAGAUGCCUUUGAUAGGCUGAACUAUCAGGUCACGCCUUUUCUUUUUAUUUUAUUCUCCCUUGUCAACAUCUCAAAAGUAAGGUGUCACUGAUAUAUACAUAUGUUUAUAAACUGCCUAUAAAACACGAUUUCUGAGUCACUGAAUAAGCCGGCAAGAGAUAGGACAAAUUCACUUUGAUUUUAUUGUUUAAGCACGAUAACCAUAUUCCAGAAAUAUUUUUGUCUAAUUCUAUCAUUAGCCUAUAUACUGUAAUUUACAAUUUAAUUCCGGGAAAAUGAAUAAAGUCGCGGCAAAAUCAGAAUGUUUUUCACUUCAGCGACAAGAUGGGCGCAGCGACAUUGUUCUCACUAUCUUCCAGACAGACUGAUAUUUCCCGAAUAUUAUGUAUAAAUUAUAUCCUCCUACAGUAAUUUUUAAACAAUAGUCUGAAAAUCCAUUUUUUUUAUGUCCAGGCCUAAUUGACGGCUGAUUUAGUGAUUCAGAAAUCGUAUUACAUAUAAAUAAUCAGAGUUAAGGUGUACAUUGGAAAAGCGAUUAAUUGUUUCGCGAAGGCCGAGUUCCGCGGUGGUUGGGUGGAAUACGCGCAUGAUUACUGUCUGAUCGAGAAUACUUACUAUCUCCGGACGAACGAAUCUAUCCCUAUCGAACAAGAGCUGAGGGGCGAGAAGCAGAUCAACUAUUAUCAAUGGGUGCCCUUUAUCCUCGUCCUGCAGGCCUGUUCUUUCUAUAUUCCCCAUCUAAUGUGGCGAUCUUUCAACUGGAUUACAGGUAACCAAACUUUCCAAGAUGACUCUUCAAGGGUACCAAAUAAGAGCUGUAAUGUCAGCAGCCAAACAGAGUUACACGCAGUCCGUAGAAGAGAGCAGAGAUGUGGCGCUCAAGAUCUCCCGAUCUCUGUUUUAUGCCAGUCAAUUAAAACACAAAACUCUCAGAAUUCUGAACGAGUAAGUCGUAGUUCGUACUGAGUAUAGUUUGAGACAAAUAUUUGUGACCGUUCUGUACCUGAGCAUGAAGUUUUGUUACCUCUGCUUGAUCCUGAUCCAUCUCGGAAUAUUCAAAUUAUUCAUCGGAUCCCUGGACUUUGCCUUUGGAAUUGUCCAACAGCCCGGAGAAUGGGAACAGACCGGCUUCUUCCCUCGAGUCACCGUCUGCGACUUUACUGUCAGUGUUUUAUAAAUUGGGAUUUACAAAAGUUUAGAUCCUGAGAUAUGGGCAGCCCAUGAAUUACACGUUGGAAUGUGUGCUCCCUCUAAACAUGUUUAACGAAAAGAUCUUUGUCUUCUUUUACUUCUGGUUGAUCCUCCUCUUUGGCACCACUGUUUUUAGUAUUCUGCUUUGGAUCCAACGACUGGUCGAUCGGAAGGCAUUUUACAAAAGACUUUUGGACUUAUAUGUAAGUGACGCGUCAGUCACGUUGUUAAAUUGCCGUCAUCUUCGUCAUGUCAAAUUGUUCCGUCGUCUUGUUUGUCAAAUUGAACUUUUUUUGGAAAUUUUUUGUAAAUGUUUGCUAAAAAAGUCACAGAAAUUAAAAAUUUUUAGGAACUUAAUUCAUGUCAAAACGACCGAUGAAACAAGCAUUAAAACCAGUUACGACUAGUAUUAACGGUAUUCAUGAUAUUCUGUGUUAAACUCGCGUUCGAAAGCUUUGUGUAUCAAAAUUUUUAAUUCUGCAAACAUGACAAAAAUGACGCAAAUUUGACGCAAUUUAACCUAAUUUUGAAAAAUUCUGUCAAAUGAACAACCCUAAUGUAAAUCUACAUAUAAUUUAAUUUAAUUUCAGCAAAAAAACGACAGAUCCGAGGUCGGUAAUGGUAAAGAGUGGUACAGUUUGGUUAUGUUAUUUCUACUGAGUAAUUUUACUUGGAAUAAUUUCAGAGAAGUAGUCCGGACAAUGAAGUUCUUCUUCUCCAAACCCUUAAGGUAUGUCUUGUAUUAAACUAAAUUAUUUCCAGUCCUCUCCUAAACCCGAUGAGAUUGAUUUUGGCUAUGAUCUUCGAGUAGUCCUCGGCCUUUUACAGGAUCAUUCAGGUCUCCUUUUCAGCGCAAAUGUCUUCCAUGAGAUGGUUAAUUUGGUGAGUAAACGGCUGAAAACAAAACUGUUUUUAUUUUUUAGAAGCUGUCAGAUCACAGACUGAGCACGGGACAUUGA